AUGCACUGCCUCGCUUGGUGCACCUUCCUCCUGGCCCUAGUCAUGGGCCACGCUCUGGUUAAUAUACCCAACUUCUACAGGUUUGCGAUUGAUGUGGUGUUAGGUUGUGUUGUGAGUUUUGUGAAAUAGGCGACUUUACUUUUGUUUGUACCAAAUUAUGACAAUUUCAAAAAAUUUAAAAGCAAAAAAAAUGCAAAUUUCCUCAAAAAUGACCAAAUCUUUAAUGUUCUUUUUGUUUCAGAAUACCGUAGAGAUAUAGUAGCUUACCUAAACUCUAAGUAACUUUAUAAAUUCUUCUAUAGAAUCUUCUACACAAUUAGAAAGGCAUUUACUAUCAUAAAUCCUUAUCGUAGACUUAAAACAAGUGAAGAAAACUGAUUUUCAAAAAAUAUACAUUGAAGUUUUAAUAUUAAAAAGCAAGCUUUUUCUUUAUACGUAGUUUAUAUAUCGUAUUUUAUAACUCAUUGUGACCUACACUUUCCUUUCAGUAACCCAGCUCAACUUAUAAACGCCCGCCCUCUCAGAUCCAGUAAUCCCGUAAACUCAUUAACUCAAGAACACGUAAGUCUUUUUCAAAAUCUAUGUCAACAACAUACUCAAUGACAUAUAGUUACAGUAUGUCUAUGUCAACAAAAGCAAUUUCUGGCAUAUAACAAUUUGAUUAUAUGUAAAUGCUGGCUAAGGUGAUAAUGUCAUAGACACAUUUUGUGGCAAAUAACUUAAAGUGGAAAUUACUCUUGUUAUUAAAUAGCCACGAGUACAAUAUACUUCCGAUAUACAUACAAUGUCCACAUUCAAAUACAAAAAAUUUAGAAAUGGAAGCGACGUCGUGCAACACCGAUCCAAAUCUCUCCCUUCUUCUACCUGACCCCCAACGAAGAAGAUACCAUGGUUUACAUCCCUCCACAAUCCGCCUCAGUAACCGAAUAA